AUGACGGGCGGCAUGUGGAACAUUCGGGAUGACGGGGCAACAGUAGCUGCUGGAGAUGCGGAGCUCGUCUAUGAGAGUCCGCAAAUUGAUACCAAGAAGUUCCAUUUUGCCGACCACUUCGAUAAUGUUGAGGCCUCACGCAAAUUGUGGACUCAAUCGCAGGCCAAGAAGGACGAGGAAAUCGCAAAAUAUGAUGGUGUCUGGAAUUGGGAGUCUCCACAGCGCAUUGUCUGGGCCAAGGAUAAGGGCUUCGUGCUCAAAUCGAAGGCCAAACAUGCCGCCAUUUCGGCACGCUUGCACAAGCAGUUCACAUUCAAAGAAAACAAACCAUUGGUGGUGCAAUAUGAGGUCACGUUGCAGGAGGGUCAAGAGUGCGGCGGCUCAUAUAUCAAACUUUUAUCAGCGGGCAGCCAAACAGAAGAUUUAACCACAUUUAAUGACAAGACACCCUAUACUAUUAUGUUUGGACCGGACAAGUGCGGCAACGAUAUUAAAAUGCAUUUCAUAUUCCGUCAUGUUAAUCCAAUUAUCGGCACCAUCAGCGAGAAGCAUUGCAACAAACCAAAUUUGAUACCAAACCCGACAGCACAGAAACCAGACGAUUGGGAUGCCGAAAUCGAUGGCGAAUGGGAGGCACCCCUUGUGGACAAUCCAGCGUGCGAGAAGGCUGCUGGCUGUGGCAAAUGGAAAGCACCACUCAUCCCGAAUCAGGAAUACAAGGGUAAAUGGCGUGCACCGAUGAUUGACAACCCCAACUACCAGGGCAAAUGGGCGCCACGCAAAAUACCCAAUCCCGAUUUCUAUGAGGAUCUUAAGCCCUUCGAAAUGACGCCAAUUAACGCCGUCGGUCUUGAGCUCUGGUCCAUGUCCAGUGACAUAUUGUUUGACAAUUUGAUCAUUACCGAUGAUGUGGAUGUGGCCCGUGAAUUUGCUGCCAAUAGUUUCGAUAUUAAACGCAAAUAUAUUGAUAGAGAGUCGGACUCAUUGGUAAAUAAAGUGCUCGAGUUCUCCAAAACGUAUCCCACGGCCUGGGCCAUUGGUUUAGUAGCCACUGUGGCGCUAGUUGUUAUCGUCAUUUACUAUAAAUUUGGCAAAUCUAAGAAGCCAGUACAGGACAUAACAAGCUCAGCAGAUGCCGAUCCCAAAAAAUCAGAUGCACCGCAACCGGAUGAUGAGCGCGUUGAAGAUGAAAUUUCAGUUUCGCCUAAUCGCCCACGCGAUACGCCCACGGCCUCGUCCAUUGCGGACACGUGCAAAGAGAAAAAUUGA